AUGACUGAGGGCACAAAGUGGGCUCCUGGAAGCGCUUAUGGACCUGUGCUAUCACCAACAGAGCUAUACCUACUGAAUCCAAAACUCGAGCUACAUCCUGUUUUAACUGGCAAGCUACAGAGCUUCCAUCUUGUUUUUCACUUGGUGUCUGGGAGAGCUACAGGUUAUAAUGCUGAUUCACGGGAUCAUGAUCUAGAUUUUGCAAUGAGAGAUGAAGUAGCGACCUUGCCACGGGUCACAGAAUUAAUUAUUAUUUGUCCUGCGAGCCCGUGGUGCACGGUCGUGCAUAAUCCUAAUGGCGUGAGCCUGUCAGACAUAUUGGGAAAAGUUUGGAAGGACUAUAUGGAGCACGCACUGACGGAAGAUGAGUUUUCGGCCCUUCCACCGCCGAUGCAAGAUCGCGUGAGGCGGAGCGCAGUCGAGAGAGAAACACGAGGCAACUCGAGGUUCAUGAGUGGUUGGGGCACUGCUGAUUACCCGUACAACCGGUGCAAACGCAUUGACUGGCUGCGCGACAAAGUUUUCUUUGACUAUCUCGAGCGAGAUGAUGAAUUUGCGCGUGCUAGAUUAGGUUACGCUGCUCCUAAUGUCUUCAAGAUGAUGCUUAUGUCGUGA